GGGAACGAGGGAGGGAGGAAGAGCGAGCGAGAGAGGCAGCGUUUGCGAGCAAAGUAAUUGACAAGGCUCGCAGUGGUGAAAUAAACACGCUUUAGACCGGGCUGUGCGCUUACUGCACAGAUAUUACGCUUCGGACUCACAGACGCGAAUUCAAUUACCGUCAACCCGCUUCAUUAAUCCGUGUGAAAUUAUGUCCCGUUCGGCGCAGAUCCAGCCGGCAAGAUGAUGACUCUACCGCGGAGAGGCUUGGAUCGUGUAGCCGACUCGCUGCUACUGGUGUCCCUGGUGCUCGCCUCCGCUCUCGGUAGCGCUCUCUCCAAGGAUACCGCCUUUGUGGAAGUGGUUCUGUUCGAGUCCAGUCCCAAUGGAGACUAUACAACCUACACGACGGGCUUGCAAGGGCGCUUCUCCCGAGCCGGAGCCACUAUCAGCGCGGAGGGGGAGAUCGUUCAAAUGCAUCCUCUGGGACUAUGUAACAACAAUGAUGAAGAGGACCUAUAUGAGUACGGCUGGGUCGGAGUGGUGAAGCUGGAGCAGCCGGAGUUAGACCCCAGCUGCCUGACUGUGCUCGGAAAGGCGAAGCGAGCAGUGCAGAGGGGCGCGACAGCUGUCAUCUUUGACGUGUCUGAGAAUCCGGAUGCCAUUGACCAGCUGAACCAGGUGGCGGAGGACCCUCUGAAGCGGCCGGUGGUCUAUGUGAAGGGAAACGACGCCGUGAAGCUCAUGAACAUUGUCAACAAACAGAAAGUGGCCCGUGCUCGGAUCCAGCACCGCCCGCCCAGGCAGCCUACUGAGUACUUCGAUAUGGGCAUCUUCCUCGCCUUCUUUGUGGUCGUGUCGCUCGUCUGCCUCGUUCUGCUCAUCAAGAUCAAACUGAAGCAGAGGAGGAGCCAGAGCUCCAUGAACAGAAUGGCCAUCCAAGCUCUAGAGAAGAUGGAGACGCGGAAGUUCAAGGCCAAAGGGAAGGUGGUGCGGGAGAACAGCUGUGGGACCUCGGACUCUCUGAGCAGCAGCUCCACUUCGGACUGUGCCAUCUGCCUGGAGAAAUACAUCGACGGAGAGGAGUUGCGGGUCAUUCCAUGUGCACACAGGUUUCAUAAGAAGUGUGUGGACCCCUGGCUGCUGCAGCAUCACACCUGCCCCCACUGUAGACACAACAUAAUAGAGCAAAAGAAAGGGGGGCUGGGCCCAGGUUGCUUGGACCCAAGUAACCCAAUGCAUGGGAGGCAGCAGAGGGUUGUGUUACCUGUCCAUUAUCCUGGUCGUGUUCACCGGGCUGGAGGAGUCACCGCCUACCCCACCAGGACCAGCAUGGACCCGCACGGGAACCCCAUCACAGUGCUCACAGUGGACCAGCACCCAGACCCUCAGGGCAUGUAUCCACCCCAGUCCAGCUCUACCUUUCUGCGGAGCUACCACCCCGCCCUGCACCUGGAGCACUCUCUGGGGGCACACCACUGUGGGCUGGAGCACCGUGGGCCCCCUCCAUAUGGAGCUCAGCCUCAUCACGCUGCUUUUAAAAGGCCCAAGUUCCAUGGACGCAACUUCUCCCGUGCAGCGUGCUUCUCCCAGUACGAGACUAUGUACCAACACUACUACUUCCAGGGUCUGACCUUCCCCCAGCAGGAUGGAGUCCCGGGACCAGGAGCAGGGGCCAUGUCUGGGGGAGGGGCCCAUAAGGGACACCAUAGCCGGGCCUUUCAGCAGGGCCUGCUCUACCCCACAGUCGUCCAUAUGGGACCCACCACAUCAUCCCGGAUAGCAGAGAGCGGCAGUACAUCCGGGUUGAGCUGUUACCAUGGUCACCGCUCCAUGUGUAGCGGGUAUCUGGCGGACUGUCCCGGGAGUGACAGCAGCAGCAGCAGCUCGGGACAGUGCCACUGCUCCUCCAGUGACUCCAUGUUGGACUGCACCGAGGUCAGUAAUCAGGGCGUGUACGGCAGCUGCUCCACCUUCCGCAGCUCUCUGAGCAGUGACUACGACCCCUUUGUGUACCGCAGCAAGAGCCCGUGCAGGGGGGCUGCUGAGGCAGGGGCCUGCACCAGCGCUCCUACAGAUGAACCCUCAGCCUCUCCGGCUCCCCACCAGCUCCCACCUGGGGGGGACCACACCUCCAGCUGCAGUCUGGAGCCCAGGGACAACACUAGCACUACCUCAGCCUCUGCUCCGGAGCACGAGCGGGGCAAGGUCCAGGACGAGUUAGGAGAGCAUGGGGUGGCGGCCUGCAGCUGCUGCUUCGACGUGCUGCCUCCUAAUGUGGAGUGUAAGGGGGCGGAGUCUGAGCGCGGAGGGGCUCUGGCCUCUGGACGCUGCCAUAGAGCAGGAGCAGACUUUCAGAGCUCCAAGAACUACUACACUGAGCACAUGUGCCCCUCAGCAGAGCAGGGCUUUGAGGGCCUGCCCUGCUGCUUCUACAAAGAAAUGAAGGUUCACAGGGCGGCUACAGGACACUUCUCAGAGGACUACUCUGUCAAUGUGCAGUACGCACACGCAGACUCGGACACAUGCUCUGCACAAGGCUGCUGUGAACUUAACCAGAGAAUACCCAUAAUUCCAGAAGACACAGACUGUGAACUGGGCUCUGUGUCAGAAACUCAAAGCAGUUUGCUGCCACCUAGUGUCAAAAUGGAGGCAGAGGUUUGGACAGGAGAACAGCUUGAGCCCAGAGAGGGUCUGUACACAACAGGACAGAGGAGUCGGGGACAGGCGUACACUCAGGAGGACGAGACACAUGCUCUGUUCCAUCCUCCUCUCUCUGCUAAGCCCAGUACGUCGGGUAACAGUACUGCAGUCAGUGAGGGUGUAGUGAAGAUAUGAACUCUACUGUGUCUUCACCAGUGUCAAUCAUUUAAACCUGGAGUUGCCUUGUUGCUCUCUGAGCUCUGAAUGUUAUCAUCUUAGAUGUGUGAAUUUCUACUGAAAUGGCCUGUCAUUUCUACAUAUAGUGUGUCAAGUUCAUUCCUGUGGCCACCUCACAGCACCAAACUAAAUUUGAACUGCAGUCAUGAACAGAUGUUAAAUAGUCAUGAAUUCUUAUUUUCUAGAAGGUCUAUUAAAGCAAUAUUUAUUAAAAUAAAAAGUAAUUUGUCAUGAAAACAUCUGCAUAAACAAAUAUAUUUUACAUUGCCAUGAAGCAUAAACCACAUUUCACAUAGUUUAUAUGGACAUAGCUAUACCAAAUCAGACAUUUUUUAUUUACUUUUUAAAAGCGCAGGGAAAAGGGUCUACAUUUUGUGACCCACACAGUUUGUAAUGAGAAGCUACAUUGUCUAGGAGAAAGCAUAGUAAUGUGAAUGCAAGGCUGACACUGUUCUGUUAAGUAUCAUAUAGCUAAAGGCAUUACAUGCAUGUCCAGCUGUGGCCUGUAAGAGAUGUGCCAGAAUAACCUUAAGCCUUAAGAUGGUGCUCCAUUUGUAGCCCCAUGUACACACACUGUCCCCUCUGCAGAGCAGUGACUGUUAAUGACACUGCUCCUUCUUCAGAGCAAGGACCGUGUGUGCAGAUGGUGUAGCACCCUUUAAUGCUGCGGCCACUUACAGAUGUCCUCCAUGAGAUGUGUUCUAUCUAUGGUAUUUAAAAUGUAGUUUGUGUCAAGGCCAAAGGAGAAGACUCACGAUUCAUAAUGGUUCCUAAUUUACUGUGACUUUGUAUUGAUGCAGUUCAUACACACUACAAUGUAUCCGUUUCACUAAGUCAAUGCUGUGUCAUUCAUGUCUUUGUUUGUCCUACAGACUGUUUUAUACUGUUUCUAUGAAAUACACAUUCUCUACACAGAGGAGAACCUUCUCAAAUAACAAUAUUUAAGUUAACCCAGUGCUGUAAUCAUGUGAGAAUGAGAAUCUAAUCUUGCCUUUUGGAUAGAGAUAUAUACCUACUGCAAAUAGAACAUUUUGGGGUACUUGAGUCACUAUUUAAUUUUUGUUAUUGUUUCUAGCACUUAAAAAGAUUAAAGUGUACAAAAUUAAUAUUUUUAAUUUUCUAAGAAUAUAAUUAUUUUCUGUCAU